AUGGUUUCCCACUGGCGUCAAUCGUUUAUUGAUGGACGAAAAUCGUUACACGAUGAACAACGAAAUGGCCGCCCGUCCACUUCCCGCGCUUCGACUGUUGUUGAAGAUGUCCGCAAGGUCAUUGACACCGACCGGCGCUUGACAUGGGAUGAAAUCAUUACACAGCUUCCUCCAAAUGUUGAAAUUAGUCGUGCGUCGCUUCACAGAAUCAUUUUGAACGAUCUCAGUUUGUCAAAAGUCUGUGCAAGAUGGGUGCCACGCCUCCUUUCAGAAAGGCAUAAGGAGCAGAGGGUUGAUGCUGCUCUCCAGUUCCAACAAUUUUUUGAUGAUGAGGGAGAUGGCCUAUUCAACAGGAUAGUAACCGGGGACGAGACUUGGGUGCACAUUUGUACGCCCGAAAGCAAGCGGCAGAGCAUGGUGUGGAAGAGAAAGGACGAGCCUACUCCAAAAAAGGCAAAAGUCGUCGAAUCAGCUGGCAAGGUCAUGGCAACGGUCUUUUGGGACUCUAAGGGAGCAUUGUUGAUUGAUUACCUGCCAAGGGGGGGAAACAAACACAGCUGA